UCUCUCACCCGCCUCCUCCUGUUUUUCCCGCUCCGCCACCACCCUCUCCUCUCGCUCCCUCUCCCUCUUCCUCUUCCUCCUCCUCCCCGCGCCGCUAUUCUCCCCCUUAAACCCUAACCCUAAAAACCUCUUCUCUCGUCCCUCCUUCUCCCCUCUUCCCUCUACCCUUCCCCCUCCAUUAAUGGCCUUCUCAUGACCCUCCUCCUUAGACGAUCUCGCCCCCUUCUCCACCUCCACCCCCUCCCCAGCUCCGCCUCCGCUGCCGCAGUAGCGUCUCCCCAUGGCCCCUUCGCCUCCUUCCCGCUCGAUCCGAGCCUUCCAGAUCCAAUCCCACGGCCGCGAGAAGCGGGAUCUGGAGGAGGAGGAGGAGGAGGAGGAGGAGAAAGGGCGAUGCGCGUCCAUGGUGGUCGUCCUCUGCCCCUGCCUCGUCCUUCUCAUCAUCCUUCUUAUAGUCGCCUCCAUCGUCCUCGCCAUCAAGCUCCGCCUCUUCUGCCACGGCCCCUUCCGCGCCUCCCUCGCUCACCUCCUCUACAAGGACAAAUGCCGCUCCUAAACCCUAAAUCCCUCCUCUCCACCUCCGCCUGCCCCUCAGAAUCCGACACCGAUUCCGCCGAGGAGCACGACGAAUCGAAGCAACCGUGGCCGCCGGCUUCGGAAUCCCACGCGAAGGAGGUGGAGAGGGUCUGCAAGGUGAUCGACGAACUCUUCGCCUCGGAUCGCAACAUGGAGGCGGUGCUCGACGAGUGCGGCGUCGAUCUCACUCACUCACUCGUGAUCGAUGUCAUAGAACGGUUCAAGCACGCCCACAAGCCGACUUUCCGGUUCUUCCGGUGGGCCGGGACCAGGCCGGGGUUCUCGCACGAUGCGAGCACGUACAACAAGAUGCUGAGCGUUCUUGGGAAGACGCGGCAGUUCGAAACCAUGGUUGCGUUCCUCGAGGAGAUGGGAAAGGAGAAAUUAUUAUCAAUGGAAGCCUUCAGAAUCUCAAUCAAGGCAUUUGCAGCUGCUCGAGAGAUGAAGAAGUCCCUGGGAAUCUUUCAACUAAUGAAAAGAUAUAAUUUUGAAGCAGGAUUGGACACUUUCAAUUGCUUGAUCGAAGCUCUGGCGAAGGCCAAGCUCGGGAAAGAAGCUCAGGCUUUGUUUGAGAAGAUGAAGGAUCAGUACCCACCGGAUCUCCGUACAUAUACUGUUCUCCUUCUGGGGUGGUGCAAGCUCAAAAACUUAGUUGAAGCCGGUAGGGUAUGGAAUCUAAUGCUGGAGGAUGGUUUUAAGCCUGAUGUGGUCGCCCACAAUACGAUGAUCGACGGGCUGAUCGGUGGGCAGAGGAGAUCCGAGGCCAUUAAACUUUUUGAGCUAAUGAAGGCGAAAGGCCCAAUCCCUAAUGUGUGGACCUAUACUAUUUUAAUCCGCGACUUGUGCAAAGGUGAGAAGAUGGAUUUGGCUGUUAAGUGCUUUGAGGAAAUGCUAGAAGCUGGGUGCUCGCCAGAUGCUGCCACCUACACUUGCUUGAUUGUAGGGUUUGGAAAUGCUCGGCAGAUGGAUAAGGUUUCAGGAUUACUGAGGGAGAUGACCGAGAAGGGGUGCCCGCCUGAUAGCCGGACUUAUAAUGCUCUGAUCAAGCUUAUGACCAAUCGGAACAUGCCGGAUGAUGCUGCGAGGAUUUAUAAGAAGAUGAUCAAGAAUGGUUUUGAGCCCACGAUCCACACUUACAAUAUGAUGAUGAAGUCUUACUUUCACGGAAAGAAUUAUGAGAUGGGAUGUGCUAUUUGGGAAGAGAUGGCUCAGAAAGGAAUUUGUCCUGAUGUUAAUUCCUAUACAGUGUAUAUCGGCGGGCAUAUAAGGCAUGGAAGGCCUGAAGAAGCGUAUAAGUAUAUUGAGGAGAUGGUGACCAAAGGGAUGAAAGCUCCUCCGCAAAUUGACUAUAACAAAUUUGCAGCAGAUUUCUCGAGAGCAGGGAAGCCGGAUGUGUUGUAUGAGUUGGCCCAGAAGAUGAACUUUUCAGGGAAAUUUCAGGUUUCGAAUGUAUUCCAUGGUUGGGCUGAGAGGAUGAAGAAGAGGGUUAAGAAAAGAGUUCCUAAUCAGACUGGGAGCCGUCUUUUCUGAGUAUGGUCCAUAAGAAAAAGCGUAAUACAUUGGAGAUGCCGGUCCCUCUCUUGAUUUGAGUAUUUGACUGAUGAGUUUCAGAAUUACUUGAUCUUUGUUGUAUUGUAUAGCUUCUCAUGUAGAUUAUACAUUUCGAUCAGAUUCUCCUUCUAAAUCUGUUUUUCAUAAUACCUCGGGUAUUAAUUAGUGACCUAUGCAGUUUUAUAUUGUUUUACUUCUGCAUUAUGCACAUAUCAGUCAAACUGUUAGGAAAUAGCAAAAGAAAAAAAAUCAAAUAA